UUGUGUUCCAUGUACUCUCAAGUUCCGGCCCCCCUCUUACGUCUCCCUUUCCCUUCUUUGCGUCACCGACGGCCGGAGACCGACCUCUUCCGUGACUCCAUCAGCCGACGGCGCUCGCCACCCUUCCGUCCCUUCGGGGAUUGGAAGUCCGUCUUCACCGGCGGCGGGAGUGCCACAGACACCGCCUCCUACUCCCUGAUCAAAGGCGCGCGGUCGAAGGCCGAUUCGGCCCGCGAUCGGGCACUUUCUUCUCCUCCCUCAAUAACUGAAUGCCUGCGUGCCGCCGCAUCCACCUUCUUCUUGGUCGUAUUGGGAGGAGAAAGUGAAGGGAUUGAUCUUGAUCUUCCAAUAUUCAAGGGUAUUCUUCCAAUCAAUUGUUCUGAUGCAGAAAUAAUAUCUGAAGAAGAUAGAGCCAUGUUAAAUGUUUAUGAUGAUCCAUCAGAACAAAGGUCUUUGUCUCUGGACGACACUAGCAGCACAGGGGAAUCCCAAGAGGACACAAGGCUUUCACUGGAAACUUCUAAUGAUGUCAUUCCCUAUAUUGGUCAAAGGUUUGAAACCCAUGAUGCUGCAUAUGAGUUCUAUAGUGAGUUUGCAAAGCGAUGUGGCUUCUCUAUUCGUCGUCAUCGAACCGAGGGGAAAGAUGGGAUUGGAAAGGGACUAACAAGGCGGUAUUUUGUCUGCCAUCGUGCUGGCAAUACUCCUGUAAAGGCAGCUACUGAUACCAAGCAGCAGAGGAACCGUAAAUCUUCUCGAUGUGGAUGUCAAGCAUACAUGCGCAUCAGCAAAAGCAUGGAUAUGGGUGUUUCUGAAUGGCGAGUCACAGGUUUUGAAAGCCACCACAACCAUGAAUUGUUAGAACCAAAUCAAGUGCGGUUUCUUCCUGCCUAUCGAACUAUCUCCGAUGCUGAUAAAAUCCGCAUCCAGAUGUUUGCAAAGAGUGGCAUUUCAGUGCAGCAAAUGAUGAGGCUCAUGGAGCUGGAAAGGUGUGUCGAACCAGGCUAUUUGCCUUUCACAGAAAAGGAUGUAAGGAACCUUCUUCAGUCCUUUAGAAAGGUAAAGCAGGAUGAGGAGAGUAUUGAUCUCCUCAGAAUGUGCAAGAGUAUUAAGGCGAAAGAGCCCAACUUUAAGUAUGAUUUCACAACAAAUUCAAAUAAAGGGCUUGAGAAUAUUGCUUGGUCAUAUGCCUCAUCAGUCCAGUCAUAUGAGAUUUUUGGUGAUGCAGUUGUAUUUGACACAACCCAUCGUUUGACUGCCUUUGACACGCCACUUGGAAUUUGGGUUGGCAUGAACAAUUACGGAAUGCCAUGCUUCUUUGGUUGUGUGCUUUUGCAAGAAGAGAAUGUUCAGUCCUUCACAUGGGCAUUAAAGGUGUUUUUGAACUUCAUGAAUGGAAAAGCUCCACGAACAAUUUUAACUGACCAAAAUAUGUGUCUCAAAGAAGCAAUAGCUAUCGAAAUGCCAAACACAAAACAUGCCCUAUGCAUUUGGUUAAUUGUGGUGAAGUUCCCGUCAUGGUUCAAUGCAGUUCUUGGGGAGCGGUACAGUGAGUGGAAGGUUGAGUUCUACAAGCUUUAUAACUUGGAAAAUAUAGAUGAUUUUGAGCUUGGAUGGAGGGAUAUGGUCACCUCCUUUGGACUCCAUGCCAAUAGACAUAUUGUAAACCUGUUUGCUCUUCGAACGCAGUGGGCAUUGCCAUACCUGAGGAGUCAUUUUCUUGCAGGAUUGACUCUAAAAGGUGUGUCAAAAGCAAUAAAUUCUUUCAUUCAGCGGUUCUUGAGUGCACAGACGCGUCUUACUCAUUUCAUCGAACAAGUGGCUGUGGCUGUUGACUUCAGAGACCAAAUGGGGGAGCAGCAGACCAUGCAACAAAACUUACAGAACAUCUGUUUCAAAACAGGUGCUCCUAUGGAAGCUCAUGCAGCCUCAUUCCUCACUCCAUAUGCUUUUGGUAAGCUACAAGAUGAGCUUGUCUUGGCGGCACACUAUGCCUCCUUUCCGAUGGGAGAAGGUCUUUUUCUUGUUAGACACCACACAAAGAUGGAUGGUGGACGGAAAGUGAUAUGGAUGCCACAGGAAGAGUUGCUCUCGUGCAGUUGUCGUAUGUUCGAAUUUUCGGGGAUCCUCUGUCGACAUACUCUCAGAGUUCUCUCAACACUAAACUGCUUUCAGAUUCCGGAACGCUAUCUGCCCAUCCGAUGGCGCCGAAUCAGCACAGUAGUGCCUUCAAACCUAGCUUAUGGAGCUGCGUCAUGUGAGCAAGCUGAACGGGUACAGGCACUGCAAGCUAUGGCCUCAUCUCUGGUAUCAGAGGCUGCCAAGUCCAAGGAAAGGAUGGAUAUUGCAACCAGGGAGAUAUCAUUUCUCCUAUCCCGCAUAAAGGAACAACCACUUUCCUUGAAUGCUUCAAGAAACUGUAUUCAUAGGAGUCGGUAGAUUUACUUUGCUGGGGAUAGCAUUAUUGACAGAAAAGAGAUUAUUGCUGAUUGAGAGAAGAAAUUGAGUUUUUUUGUUGUCAUGGCUACAUGGAGUCAAUGGUAUCGGAUGAGCAUAAUUAUGAUCAUUUGUGCACACCGUGUAAUCAGCAUUGCUGUCGAGUGGAAGAACACAAGGUCUGUUUUCUAUCUUCGAUCCUUUACAUCUGGAAGAUGAAAUCCAAUGUAUUAUUUAUCUA